CUGACAACAAAUAUGAUACGUGUCAGCACUGCCGGAAAGUGUUUAAAUGGGUCGGAAAGCUUACUAGUGAUAUUGGUGAGUACGCGCAAACUAGGAACAGCCGAAAGAAGAAGAUUUAUUCUAUUGUAAAUUAGACAUUAGACUCGAUACACUGAAAUCGGCUGAAAUGGUGGCCUACAGCUUCAUGAAGAGAUUGCUGCGAGCGAAAACUUUUUAGCUCUAAACCAACUAAAAUCCUAAUUAUUAUUAUAAGAAGAAAUUUGUAGAGAAAUGUCAGGUAAAAAUGAGAGUAUCAACAAACCACAGCUGGAUCAUAAAACUAUCCUUGUUACUGGGGGAGCUGGGUUCAUUGGGUCGCAUCUGAUCUUACUUUUGGCUGCAAGAUAUCCUCUGUGGCGAAUCAUCAAUGUUGAUUCAUUGAACUAUUGCUCAAGUUUGAAGAAUCUCCUUGAUCUUGAGAACACAAGUACUUACAAAUUCGUUCAGGGGGAUGUAUGUGACCAAUACUUCAUUGAUCAUAUCUUUUCUACUGAAAAUAUAGACAUUGUCUUUCAUUGUGCUGCUCAAUCACACGUUGAAAAUUCCUUCUUGUAUCCAUCCCAGUUCAUGCAUGUGAAUGCAGCUGGCACAACUGUGCUGCUCCAAGCAGCAUUUGAAUCUGGAGUUGAAAAGUUCAUCUAUAUGAGCACCGAUGAGGUAUAUGGAGACAGUCUGGACAAGUGUUUUGAUGAGUCAAGCCCAAAACGGCCGACCAAUCCAUAUUCAGCAUCAAAAGCUGCUGCUGAAAACAUUGUGAUGUCGUACUGGAAAAAUUACAAGCUCCCUGUAGUAAUUGCACGGAGCAGUAAUGUAUAUGGACCACGGCAAUAUCAUGAAAAGGUUAUUCCAAGAUUUUUAUUUCUCUUAGAACAGGACCAAAAAUGCACUAUUCAGGGGACAGGCCUCCAGUCCCGUCACUUUCUCUAUGUAGAUGAUGUGACUGAGGCACUCUUGAUACUCAUGAAGAGGGGCAUCAUGGGAGAGAUUUACAACAUUGCAGGCAACUUUGAAAUCACAAUCAUACAGCUGGCUAGAGAGCUGAUGAUGAUGGUGAAAAAUGCUUCUAAUGACGAGUUGGAUGACCGGCUGCAAUAUGUUGAUGAUAGACCGGUCAGUGACCUGAGGUACCCCAUGUUCUCAGACAAGAUGAACAAACUGGGAUGGAAGCCAAGGGUCCCAUGGGAAGAAGGCAUUAGAAGGACAAUUAAAUGGUAUGAAGAGAACAAAAACUACUGGCCAGUGGUGACCUGAAAAAGAUUCUCAAGGCUGUUAAAUGAUGGAAGCCAUUAUUUCAAAAUGCAAAGACCCAUUUUCACAAAUUGGUAGCUGUGUAUGCAUUUACUAAAAAUGAGGACACUUUUUUUUGGGGGGGGGUUUCCCCUCCAGCACAAUGUGAACUAUACAACUUGUCAUUCAUGUUUAUUAAAAUCACAUUUAGGUUUUUAGACACGAUGUUACCAAAAAUAUAUGGACAACAGACCAAUCACACUUGUUGGAACAUCCUAUUCCUGAUUUAGAUUUUGAACAUCUCAUUCCACUUUACUAUUAUAAUAACCUCCACUCUUCUGGGAAGACUUUCCAGUAGAUAUUUGGAGCAUGUCUGUGGGUAUUUGUCCAUUCAGCCACAAGAGCAUUAGUGAGGUCAGGCACUAAUGUUUUGGCAAGGGGGUUUGGGGUGCAGUUGAUAUUCUUGUUCAGUGGGGUGAGGUCAGUGUUCUGUGCAGGCCACCCAAGUUCUUCCACUCCAGCCUUGGUAAACCAUGUACAAGCUCAUGGGGGGGAUAACUUAUGAAACUCCUGGAUUUUCCCUAUGAGGAUCAAAAAAGGAAUAUCUUAUCACUUAUGGAAAAACUUGUUUUUAUUGCUUGUGCACAUAUUUGGAUAUCCAGACUGCUUACGACCCCACAAACUUGAAAUAAGAGAACAGUCAGGAUUUUUUGACCUGUUGAUAAAUCAUAAAACAUGCUUUGACAAGCCAUUCAGAUUUUUCUCACGUUUCUAUGUUACAAGGGAGCCUCAUUAGAAUAAUCCCCCCCCAUCCAAUCUUGUGUUAAUAAAAGCAUGGAUUACAGUCUCCAGAUCUCUACGUGGCAGGUAUCCUUUUACUUUCAAUAAAAUCCUAAAAUGGUAAAAACUGUUUUUCACAACCGAGCUAACCUGGCGAUCAAAUUUUAGCCUGUCAUCAAAUAUUACACCAAGAUUUUUUACAGAAGACCGAAUGUUUGGUGUAAGGGAGCCCAGAAAGCCAGCAGGAAAGUCUGCUGGACAACAUCCAAACAUUAUGAUUUCAGUCUUGUUUUCAUUUAGAUUCAAAAAGUUUGAAGUCAUCCAGGACUUAACAUCAUUUAGACAAUCAAGCAAUGUCUGUACUGAAUCAUUGGAUUUAGAUGUCAAAGGCAAAUAGAUCUGGACAUCAUCGGCUUAACAAUGAAAAGAAAGAUUUAUACUUCUUAAAAAUUGACCCUAAUGGUAGCAUAUACAGCAAGAACAGAAUUGGCCUGAGGAUGGAGCCUUGGGGGAUCCCAGAAGUAAGAGGGGCUGAGGAUGAGGUGAAUUCACCUAGCUGCACAGAAAAACUCCGAUCAGUCAAGUAGGACUGGAACCAUGAGAGAGCAAAGCCUGUAAUGCCCACCCACUGCUGCAGUUGUGCAAAGAGAAUCCCAUGAUCCACAGUGUCAAAAGCAGCCGUCAAAUCAAGAAGCACUAGCAUAGCAGGGUUUCCUGAGUCAACGGUUACCAUUAGAUCAUUAAAAAGUCUCAGCAGUGCUGUCUCAGUGCUAUGUGAUGGUUUAAAGCCAGACUGAAACUUCUCAUAGAUAUCAUUGGCCACAAGGAAUGAUUGGAUCUGAAUAAAAAAACUUUCUCUAAAAUUUUGGAUAAAAAUGGCAGUUUAGAGAGGCCUAAAGUUAGACAGCACAGAGGGAUCUAGAUUUUUUUCUUUUUGAUAAGAGGCUGCACAACAGCAUGCUUGAGAGCAACUGGAACGCAUCCGGUACUAAGACAGGAUUUAAUAAAUCAAAGUAUAUCAGAGCCCAACGUACUGAAUACCUCUUUAAAAAGAUGAGAGGGAAUGCUGUCUGAAGAACAGUUUGUAGGUCGCAAGUGCUGAACUACACUGGCCAGUAAGGGGAGGGAUACAGGUUCAAACUGAUCAAAAACAGCAUUGAAAGGAGGAACGGUGAGAUCAGAGCUAGGGCCUGCAGAAGAGAAGGCAGGUGGCCUAAGAGCAGAGAUUUUUUCAAUAAAAAAAUUUGAGCAAACUCUCACAAAAAGAGUGAGUGAGGGUACAACUGGAGAGUUAUCACAAGGGUUUACAAGGGAAUUAAAAAUGUUAAAAAGAACUUGGGGCUUGUGACUAUUACAAGAGACAAAAGACUGGAGAAAUAGUCCAUUUUAGCAGCCUUAACAGCACUCUGGUAGACAGACAGGCUUUCACGAAGAACUUCUUUAGAGACAUGGAGCUUAUCUUUUUUCCACUUUCUUUCAGCGUGCCGACAUGAGCGCCUGAGAGCGCGUGCAGAGUCGUUAAGCCACGGUUCUGUAAGUGCUUUUAUGCACAUUAUUCUAAAAGGUGCAACAGAAUCAAGGAUAUCCACGCAAGUAGAAUUAAAAUUGCUUAAAAGAUCUUCAGUUUUGAAAGCGUGAUUAUCAUCCAGAGUGCUAAGUAUAUCACCAGAAAUGAUAGUCUUUAUACAUGGCUGAAAACUGUGAUACAGUUUUGAGCAUUAAUUGUGCACAAACGACGUGUAGAAGCACAGGUUUUUGCCCUCAAACAAGGAAUUGAAACAGUAAAAAGCACAGGCAGAUGGUCAGAAAUACAUGCUGAUUCACAGAUUUCAUUAACGCUUACAGAUAAAUCAUAUGAUAAAACCAAAUCUAAAAUGUGCCCUUUCUCAUGAGUCGGGUCUUUAACACAUUGAACAAGAUUAAAAGAUUCAGUGAGAUUUAGGAAAUCCGUGACCAGAGGUCUUGAUCUACAGCAGACAUGUAUAUUGAAAUCUCCAGAAAUAAGAAAAUGAUCGUAUUUCACAGAGGCACCUGACAGAAAAUCUGCAAAGUCACAGAUGAAGUCAUUAUAAAUCAUAAAACAUGCUUCGACAAGCCAUUCAGAUUUUGUUCACGUUUCUAUGUCACAAGGGAGCCUCAUUAGAAUAAUUCGCCCCUCCCCCCCCCAAGUAUCUCCAUCCAUGACUUGAGAAUUCAAUCCUUACAUCGACCACUGGCAGCACGGUGGUGUAGUGGUUAGCGCUGUCGCCUCACAGCAAGAAGGUCCGGGUUCGAGCCCCGUGGCCGGCGAGGGCCUUUCUGUGCGGAGUUUGCAUGUUCUCCCCGUGUCCGCGUGGGUUUCCUCCGGGUGCUCCGGUUUCCCCCACAGUCCAAAGACAUGCAGGUUAGGUUAACUGGUGACUCUAAAUUGACCGUAGGUGUGAAUGGUUGUCUGUGUCCAUGUGUCAGCCCUGUGAUGACCUGGUGACUUGUCCAGGGUGUACCCCACCAUUCACCCGUAGUCAGCUGGGAUAGGGUCCAGCUUGCCUGCGACCCUGUAGAACAGGAUAAAGUGGCUAGAGAUAAUGAGAUGACAUCGACCCCUUGUCUCAAGGACAGAGUUGAGUGGAUUGGAUUGAGCUUAUUUUUUUCUGACAAUGUCCCAGCACCAGUCAGCAAAAACCUGUUCACAGGUGCUCACUUUACCAACCUGGGCCAGUACAGGAUUGGUGCAGGACUGGCAACAAAAUUGUACUUAAGAGGGAUCAGUACCAACUGUCCAUGGCAAAACUGUAGGUGAGGGGAAUGUAAGUAUUUAAAAAUAAUUAUGUGAUGUGUUUCUUUGGCCAAUAAAAUCUGUGCAGUCCUCGAAUCAAGGACUCAAGUCAGUGAGUGAGAGACAUACAGGUCUGGUUCCUUUCAAGGUUUCAUGAUGUUAUCUGAGGAAGGUUUUCCUUGACACUGUUGCCUGAGGCUUGUUCAUUAGUGGUAAAGAAUUUUAUUAGGAGUAAAAUUAGUUUUGUUUUUUUUUUUGGUAAAGCUGCAACAAUUGUAAAAAGCACUAUACAAAUAAACUGACGAUGUAAUAUAUA